CUCGAUACUACGUACGAUCAUCGGGAACAAUUAGUAUCUCUACGACUGGCCCUAUCCACCCGUUGGACAUGUUCAGAGUUGGAAUUGCAGCUUUAAUAGGAGCCCAGGUGGCUUUCCUGGAUGUUGUGCAAGCUUGCGAAGGCGAAUGCAUCAUUGGGAUCACUCAGGCUUUUGUCUCAAAUUAUACACAUCCUGUCGCAGAGGUUCUGGCAGCUUUCAGUCGGGAUUUAAAUAAUCAAUUUUUCUUGGGAGCAGCUCAAAUUGAUGCGGCGCGUCUUGUGGCACCUCUGUACGCGAACUUUGCGAUCGGUGCAUACAAUCGAACCAGUCAAGACAUCUUUCCGAGUUACUUUCAUGGAAAAUGCCGGGAUAAGAAUGGUGGUGUCGAACCCAGCGGUUGCCCAAAUCCAGACUGUCCCGUUGUCUGUGGGACUCCUGGAUCGCUCGUCCACUUCUAUUCAAUCCUUGCCUCGAUUGCCUACAACUCCACUGCGUUGGGGUUGAAGCAUUUUGCGUUCUCGACUUCUGGCCCUUCUUACGAAAAGUUUGAAAGCAGCGUCAUGGAAAAGGCUGAGCAGGUUCACAGACGACAUAAAUUACGCAUUCGAAGAAGCCAGAAGACUCUAUCAGCAGGGCAUGUCAAGGUCCGACUUGCGCAUCUGACCAAAACUUAUGCCAAAGGAGCAGCGCUGUUGGAAGCUUGUGGUGGAGACGAAUACCCCUUGUGCCGCUGGAAAUCGACAAUGGUGCCCUACAUUCUAACCUUCCCAUGACGGACAUCCACGCCCUUCAAUGAGAUUUCUCUUUGUGAUUCCCUAAAGCAUUUUGCACCCUGGUUACCCCAAGUACUUUUGUCACAUUUCUGAGCACAUCGACAUUGCACUGGCACUGACAUUGAUACUCGCCGCAUACUAUGUAAUCAUUCUGUAUCUUCCAAAUCGCCUUAAUAAAUGAAGUAGUGCCUGA